UCUGUGGUGUAGGAAUAGAUACGAAGAAACAAUUUGCUUAAUUCGAUUUUGUGGUUUGCGUAUUGUUAUUUAAUUAGCCCGGGGGAUAUUUUACGUUUAGAAAAUGUUGGUAAUAUCGUAUCAUGGACUUUAACUAACACAACAGUUUACUAAAGAAUGCAACAUGGAGCUGUAUGUUGUUUUGUAUGAUUUGAGAUUCUUUAAUCUUGGAGCCUCACGUCUUUAUUAAAGCUGCUACAUGAUGAAGACAAAAUGAGUUUGCGUUGCGCUUUAGUUAUUAUGGUUGUAUUAUUUUCUAAAUGUUUAGGCAGACGUCCACCUCAUAUUAUUUUCAUAGUUGCUGACGAUCUCGGGUGGAAUGACGUUGGCUGGCAUAAUCCUAAAAUGCACACACCUAACCUAGACUACUUAGCUUAUCAUGGAGUUAUUUUAAAUUCUUCAUAUGUACAAUAUGUCUGUACACCAACCAGGAGUUGUUUUAUGACAGGAAGAUAUCCAUUCCGUAUAGGAAUGCAGCAUGGGGUUAUAAAGCCUUUGGACCCAAAUUUUUUACCGGAAGACAUUGGCACAUUACCUAAAAACAUGAAGUCCUUGGGAUAUUCAACUCAUAUAAUUGGAAAGUAUGUAUGUUAAGAUAUAUCUAUUUAC